UUCAGUGCGCUGCAUCUUUCUCUUUCUCUAGAUAUGAACGUCCCGCUGCAAAGUUUUAUUUGCGCAAAAUCCACCGUUUCCGCUUAAAAUCAUGUUAAUUUGUUAAUCAAACAUGUAUCUGUGUCGUUUGGACCAUGAGGAUCACAUGCGCGGCUCUGCUCUGGAGAUAUAACCGCGCUGCGCUCUGACUCUCCAUCUCUAACUUCACCUCUCCUGGCCAUGAGUGCGGAGAAGCCAAACUUUCUGUCUCAACCUGAAGUGAAAAAUAUCUAUUUCUAUCGCAAUGGGGAUCCGUAUUACGAGCCCAGGCGUUUGGUGAUUAAUUCGAAGCGGGUUUCGACCUUCGACACGCUGCUGCGGGAGGUGACUGGCGGCGUCCGGGCUCAGUUCGGCGCGGUCCGCAACAUCUACACGCCCAAAACCGGACACCGGGUCCAGUCUCUGGAGCACCUGCAGAGCGGAGAGCAGUAUGUGGCUGCUGGACGAGAGAGGUUCAAGAAGAUAGAUUAUUUACAGAUAGGAACCAGGAAGAAAAAAAUGCUUCAGCCCAAUGGAGCGCUGAAACCUGUUCCUCAGAGUCGUGUGAUUGUAUCUGCCAGAUUCCUGAAGCCCAUCAAAGAACCCUGUGCGAUAUUUGUUGUGGCAAAUGGAGAUGUCCUGAACCCAGCGGCGAGGUUGCUGAUUCCCAGCCGUGUGAUUGGCCAGUUUGAGCGGAUUCUGGAGAUGGUGACGGAGAAAAUGGGCCUACGAAUUGUCGGGGGUGUGCGGAGCCUGUACACCUUUGAAGGGACUCUUGUUAUGGAUGGAAAGGAGUUAGAAAACGGACAGUUUUACGUCGCUGUUGGCAGAGACAAGUUCAGAAAGCUUCCAUACAGUGACCUGCUGUUCAAUAAACCCAUCGGCAUAAAGAGAGUGAACGGGUCUAAAGCUGCGUCGUUACCGCCGAUAUACAAAUGCAGAAGACAGAAUGGAGAUGUGGGGAACCAUCAUCUGAGCAAGUCUGAGUGUGGACAGGAGAAGAGCAGUCCUCCGGCGCAGAGCUCUAAAGAGCAGCUGUCCUCUAUAGUCAGAGAGAUCUCACAGGCCAAACUCAUGAACAUACGCAAGAAGAGGAGUGAACUCACGGCUUCACAGGAGACUCAGGACAACGGUGAUGGAGAGGACAGAAGAGCAGAAGAUGAUGGCAAAUCUUCACCGGUCCAGCAGGAGGCAGAGGAGGCCAGUCCUGAUAUAGACGACUCAACCAAACCAGAAAGUGAAGCGGCCCAAAACACAGAAGAAUCACCGUGUGAUGAAGAAGACGAGAAGAAACCAGAGGAUGAAGAGGAUGAAGAGGAUGGAGAGAUAAAGGAAGAGGGACAAACAGCAGAACCAGAGGCACAUGAUGGCGGUGAAGAGAAGAAGGAUGAAGAAGCUGAAGGAGGAGAUGAAGAGGAGAAACCAGAGGAGGGAGCAGAAGAGGAAAACCAGGAGAACACAGAGAACGAGGGAGAGCCGGCGGAGGAGAAUCCAGAUCCCAGUGAGGACGCGUCCGCAAAUACUGAAUGAGAAAACCUGAAGGAGUACUUCAGCGAGAAAUGAUCACCGUGUCCUUCAAACCGUAUGAUUCUCUGUCUGCUGCAGAGCACAGAAGGAGAAUUUUAUUGUAAAAUUAUUCUGGCUGGUGUUUUCUGUAUAACAACAUGGAAAAGAGAGACCAGAACGUUCUUCAAAAUAUAUUGUUUUUGUGAGAAGACAGAAAGUCAUACAGGUUUGAGUGAUCACUUCUAGGUGAACUAUCCCUUUAGAAGAUGAUUUAUUACUUUGAUUGCUACUAAUUUAUUCAUAUUAAUAAUUUAUUGUAUUGAGAUUCUAAUACUGUGAACAUAUUUAAUAACACAGCUAAUUUAACCAGUUAGGAUUUGAGAAAAUAUCUAUUUUCCAUAUAGUAACAUAAUUAUGGUAACAAAAGAGUACAAGUGCUAACAUCUGCUAAGCUGAUAGGUGUAAUGUUUGCUAAAAAUAUUUAUUUUAGAUACUUUUUUGUCAAAGAAAGCUAAAUAUAUAGAUUUCUAUUUCAUCUUUCAGUGUCUUCUCUGUUGUGUAUGUCAUUAUAGUGAUAUUAUCAUUUCAACCGACUUAAUUAACAUCAGUCCUGAAGGAUAAGCU